AUGAACCAGCGGUUUAUGGAAGCAGCACGCGAGGGCAAGAGGCAACGAGUGCUCUGUAACGUGCAAGAGAUGCCCCAGGAGCCGGUGCAAGGCAGUCUGAGUUCUGGGACUUACAAGUUGGUGAGUGGCCACGAUUACGUACAAACACCUCACCCUCCUCAGCCUCAGCGCCGUGCCCUCAAGCCUGGGAGGGUUGAAGGGCAAGCUAUGGACAGGCAUGUGCGCUAUGUGGUGGAUGGCUACCGCUGGACGGUUGACCGCAACCGCAUAACGUGCUCAUCGCCAUAG